AUGGGUGAAGGUUCUGACGCAGUUGAGGUUGGAAUGAAAAUGGCACUUGAAGCAUCAAAGAACGUGGAGCUUGUAGAGAAAUUGAUAAGUGAGGAAAGGGAUCGACUGAAAAUCCAGCAUUUGGAUCAGUGCUGAGGAUCAGCUAGUAUGUGUUAGUUUGGAAUAACGUCUAUGACAUUUCCCUUGUAUUGCCAUUUCAACCCUCCCAAUGCCCCAUAAGCAUAUUUGCUGCCACUAAGAGUUUGGAAUAUGCCAUUGAAAUUCAGAUAGUUGUUGUUGUGAGUGUUUGAUUUGUGAUUUAGUGAUUUAGUGACCUUUCUCCCCUCCUGUUCCUAGAAUCCCUCUGUAGCUUCAUAUCCGUCCUUUGUAAACAAGCUGCCAUAAGAGCCUGGCUACAUGUUACACUCACCAUCCAAAAGGAAAGGGAGUCUUACGGCACCUUAAAGGUCAACAAAUGUAUUAUGAUAUCAGUUUUCCUAGACCAGACUUUUCAUUGUUUUGGCUGCAGCAGACUAACAUGGCUACCUUCCUGGAAAUUGUCACAAUUACAAAAGCGCCCUCACUUCUGUCAGUCAACACUGGCGGAAAGUUUGGUGGUAUUCAUCUUGGUGUCAUGCUGCGAAGGAAGGAACAGCUGCUGGCCUAUGGGCUUUUAUCUGCUGCUAACAUGCAUUGUUAAUUUCCCCUGUUUCUCAAUAGCUGGGGGAAAUUAGCAGAGUGAGAUAAGAGAUAGGCCAGCAGCUUUUCCUUCUCUCUCAGUGUGACAUCAAGGCAAACACCUCCAAGCUUUCCUCAAGAGCUGACUGUUCAGGGGGCACCUUCAGAAUUCCAAACAGUCAAAGCCUGGAGAUGCCAAAUGUGAUAGAUGUCAUGUGUAGCUAGGCUCCUCCAUUGUUACCAGGGGUUCCACAUCAUUAGAAUUGAGAAGGGGUGAGGGAGAGGGCUGGGAUACGCACGAGGGUGAAAAAUGAGGCCGCGGGACCCCAAGCUGCUGAAAACCAGUGCUUAAAUAGUGGAACAGCUGGCAAGGUUCCUUCAACUACACCUUUCCAUUAGAAUUUAAAUUGUUUUGCUCCAGUUCAUGAAGCCAUCCAUUUCCGCCUGCAGAAUGUUCUGAUCGUUUAGGGAAAGAAAGCAGACUCUAGAAAGGGGAUUUGAUCAGUUUCCAAUUCAUUAUAUGCCAAUCUCGAUUGAUUGGAAGAGUUGUGAAUUUCCAUUAAAAUCGAGACACAAAUUAGAAAGUGGCUCAGUAUCACUGCAACUUCUGGAUCUUGUGUGGUGUGGCCAAGUGGGCACAUAAUGUAGUGGGAGGUGGGAUUUAUCUUCUCUGAUCGCUGUCCAACUGUGUAAAUACAAUGACCAAUGACUGGUAGGGUUGUCAGGUAGCCACCUAGACUUCCCUAUCUUCCCUUGGAUGUUAACAGCACAGCAAGAAAAUUUCUAUAAGCAUCACUGGCAGCCUUCUGGUUCAUUCCUUUUCUGGUCCAUCUCCAUUGCUCUUCUCUUGCACCUAAAACAGGCUGGGAAGGAAGGUGAGUAGAUGGAUUGGGGGAAGCCUUAGGAGAUAUGUGUGCAGCCAAUCUCAGUCUUCUCCUCCAUUGUUAAGGUCAGAGGUAAACCUUCACUUCCCAGGUCCCUUGGACGAAAGUGUUUGGACACAGUCCUUUAUUCAAUGGGAGGAAUCCUAUCAUCCUGAUGUUUGCCUGUCCAUCCAGCUGUGGCACAUUUCAUAAAGGAUCAGGAAAUUUUCCACUGUCUAGCGGGUAUUUCACUUUUACUGGGGGGGAAAUAGUAUUUUUUUAAUAUAUAUAUAUUUUUUGCCCUGGAUACACACAGACAGAUUGCAUUCGGCUUGUUUGGCUCUGACCUUUGUACACUGCAGCUGUUCUACCCGGGUUAGUUGAACUGUAAACAAGGGAGAGCAUGGAUGGUUCUCCAAAUUACAGAAUAAUGAAAAGGUCAGAAUCUCUUUUACAGACUGCCUUGCAUUUCUCCAGCCAGAAGGUAUUAAAAAGCCACAAUGCUAUGCCUCGUUUGGGUGUCUUAAGGGUUCUAAUGAGAGCAGAAAAUGGCUCUGCAUGAAUCUAUGCUUCUGACAGAGACUGUAAUGAGAAGAGCAAAUGGUGAUAAAUGUAACCAUUCAUGGACCUUCCAUAGCGGUUUUGCCGUGUGGCAUUUUUUUUGCUUGUCAUGCAAGGAGGAAAGCACCUCUAUGAAAAAGGGUUGCCUGCAAAUACACCAUUCUUUUAGUUAUCGCUGGUUAACUAGUUCAUACCAAAUGAUGUUUUCAGUUCACAGCAACAUGCUUUUUAAGAUGGACUCUGUGAGGAAUUGUUAGAGAGGCCAGUAAUUAGUUUUAUGAGUCAAUGUUGCAGGAAUCCUGACUUCUGUGCUUAAGAUCACUAAUGGGAUUUCAUGCACACAUAGCUGUACAGUGGUACCUCGGGUUACGUACUUAAUUCAUUCCAGAGGUCCGUUCUUAACCUGAAACUAUUCUUAACCUGAAGCACCACUUUAGCUAAUGGGGCCUCCUGCUGCUGCCGCACCGCCAGAGCACGAUUUCUGUUCUCAUCCUGAAGCAAAGUUCUUAACCCGAGGUACUAUUUCUGGGUUAGCAGAGUCUGUAACCUGAAACGUAUGUAACCUGAAGCGUAUGUAACCCGAGGUACCACUGUAUUGAGAAGGACGGGGAAAUCACGUCACUUUUGCCACCUCUUUUCAUGCUCAGGAUGGUUGAGAAAUGGCUUCUUGGGUUAAAAUAUCUUGAUUAUAAGUCCCUUGUAUGCUCAAAUAUGAAUUGCAUCUGCAUGAGACCAGAGGUUCUGUACACUCUCACAUUAUUUAAGAUUAGGCACUUGGGUGCAGCUCCUAGAGAUCUGCAUAGGAGAACAUCCUGUAGGUUGUGACUGGUGGGGUCUGGUAAGAAUGGUCUCCUUCCCAUUCCAGUAGUCUUAAUAGCAUCCCAGAUCCACCAACAGAGGGGGCCACCUAUGUUUAGAGCUUCCAGAAGCACCACUGAAGAUAGGUUCAGUUACCAGCCAUGAGGAUCUGUUUUUGUCUCUUGGAAACAAGGAAGAUCGAGAAUGGUAAAUUCAAAUCAGCCGAUCAUGUUUAUUAAGUUCAAAACAGCUCACGAAACACUGUGGUCUAAGAUUAAAAAAAAAAAUUAUUGUACCUGAAGCAUUUUUAUUAGGGAUUGUAGGGGAAGAUCUGCCAAAAAAGCUGAAAAACAUCUUCAUGUAUGAGACAACGGCUGCAAGAGUUUUAAUAGCACAAGGAUGGAAGACUGAAGAAACCCCAACUAAAGAAUCAUGGCAAGAAAAAUUGAUGGACUAUGCAAACCGGCAAAACAGACAUACAAGCUAUGGGACAAGGAUAACUGUGACUUUAAAGAUGAAUGGGAACCCUUUACAAAGUAUUUGAAGACACAACAAAGCGAACUGGACUCCUUGGCUGGUUUUGAAUAAACAUUCACAAACUUUUUAUUGAUAAUAAUCAGCUAAAUAGUUUCAGGAUUUAUACAACUGUGUAACAUGCAGAAAACAGCAUUUUUAGAGAAAUCAAAGACUGGAACUGAGGGAAGUCGGGGGGAGGGUGGAUGGGUUCUGUGGGGGGAGGGAGGGGAGGGAGGAAAAAUGGGGGAAAAUAAGGAUGAUAUGUUUCUGGACAAUAUGUUUUGUUUUAAUUUUGAAUAAAAGUUAUUUAAAAAUAAAUAAAUAUAAAAUAAUAAUUAUUGUAGCUUUUUCAAAUAUAGAAAAUGUACUAUUGCAUUGCUCUUCCUCCACUUGUACCAACACAAUUGUUUUAAAAUGGCGGUGGCAAUCCAUUCUACUUGAAGCUCUUUUGCAUCGAGACAGAAGGCCCUUAUUUUGUUUUCCUCAUGGGAAGUUUGUUUUUCAGUGAAAUAUUCUGAAAUGAGGUUUUAAUAUCAAAGCAUUGGGAAAACAGUUGAAGAAGAUACUCCAAUGAUGAGAUGAACUGCAGAGUCUACUACUCCUUCCUGCCUUCCUGCCUUCCUUCCUUCCUUUCAUGUGAAAUAGAGCAAUUUCAGGUGUGCACAAGGAUGUGAACAGUGCCAUAGAGUUUUUCUUUGAAUACAUUUUUAUAAAAUCCAUUAUAUACUGAAAGAAAGAUUCUAGUGCAAAUUCUGACAACAGGUUGACAACAACCCCACUUGUUAAUUUUUAAAAAAAUAACAAUUUUUAUUAAAUUUUCAAUUUUACAACUUCAAAUAGCAUUUUAUAAACUUUAAAAUAUCCAGUGACUUUCCUUCUUCUCUUUCCAUGGUUCAUUUUACAUAUCAUAAAGGUAAAGGGACCCCUGACCGUUAGGUCCAGUCGCGGACGACUCUGGGGUUGCGGCGCUCAUCUCGCUUUACUGGCCGAGGAAGCCGGCGUUUGUCCGCAGACAGCUUCCGGGUCAUGUGGCCAGCAUGACAAAGCUGCUUCUGGCUAACCAGAGCAGUGCACAGGAAAUGCCAUUAACCUUCCCGCCGGAGUGGUACCUAUUUAUCUACUUGCACUUGACGUGCUGUCAAACUGCUAGGUUGGCAGGAGCAGGGACCGAGCAACAGGAGCUCACCCUGUCGUGGGGAUUUGAACCGCCAACCUUCUGAUUGGCAAGUCCUAUACUCUGUGGUUUAGAUCACAGCACCACCUGCGUCUCACUUACAUAUCAUACAUCUCUGCAUAUUUUACUAUAACCAUUCAAAUCAGUUUUCCACUUUUACAUCCACCAAAAAUUAUUUGUUGUUGUUGUCUUUGUCCAGACAACAAAUUAUUUACUCUGUUGAAUUUAUCUUAAUGCUCCUGGCAUUUUCAGCUGUAUACAGUUACUUUCCAUAUGUUCAAUAAAAGUUUUCCAGUCUUCUUUAAAUGUAUGUUUUUCUUGCUCUCUUAUUCUAUAUGUUAAAUGUGCAAGUUGUCCAUAUUCUGUCAACUUAAGUUUCCAAUCCUCUUUAGUUGGGACCUCGCUCGCUUUCCAUUUUGGGGCUAACAAAACAUGGGUCACAGCUGUUGCAUACAUAAAUAACUUUUUCUGACAACUGGGAAUUUCAGUCUGGGUUAUUCCCAGCAAAAAGGACUCUCUCUCUCUCUCUUUCUCUCUCUGUGUGUGUGUGUGUGUGUUUUUUGGGGGGUAGUUUUGAACAUUUUUUCCAAUUCAUUAUAAAUCGUUUCCCAGCACACUUUUACCUCUCUACAUGUCCACCCCAUGUGGAAGAACGUUCCCUCCACUUCCUUACACUUCCAACACAUAUCUGAUUCUGUUUCAUAAAUCUUAGCCACCUACUCAGAGUUAAAUACCAUCUAUGAAUCAUUUUCAAACCACUUGUUACAUAUUUUACUCUGCUAGAUGUUCCUUAACCAAUAGCCAGUCUUUGAGCCUUCUGCCUCAUUUUUGGAGAGAACUAGCUUUUCAAUCCUACAUUUGCCUGCUCAACAUAAAACCCAUGGGGCUUACUCCAAGGUGGAUAGGUAAAGGUAAAGGGACCCCUGACCAUUAGGUCCAGUUGUGGCCGACUCUGGGGUUGCGGCGCUCAUCUCGCUUUAUUGGCCGAGGGAGUCGGCGUACAGCUUCUGGGUCAUGUGGCCAGCAUGAGUAAGCCGCUUCUGGCAAACCAGAGCAGUGCACAGAAACGCCGUUUACCUUCCCGCCAGAGCGGUACCUAUUUAUCUACUUACACUUUGAGGUGCUUUCGAACUGCUAGGUUGGCAGGAGCAGGGACCAAGCAACGGGAGCUCACCCUGUCGUGGGGAUUCGAACCGCCGACCUUCUGAUCGGCAAGUCCUAGGCUCUGUGGUUUAACCCACAGCGCCACAGAAGUCUAAAACUGUCAACACAAUGCACUGAAAGUGAAACAAGACCAACCAACUCUUUUUGCUCUGGUUGUCUUGAACUUCCUACCCAACUACACCAGGGGAACACCACCAAAUUCCUUAUUGCCUACAACAGAUAGUCUCCAUCUUAGAACACAAAAUCUUCCUCAUAAAUAUCACUUAUUUAUUAUUUACCAAGGCAGGAUGCUUUGCCACGGGGAAGUAAUUUCCUCCACCAUCCCAAUGGCCUCCAAAACAUGUGCUUUGUCUCAUUUUAUAGUUCAGUCAAUAAUAUAUGACCAUAUACUGUUCUACUGCUGCAGUUAAGGUGGGGCAGAGCUGAAAAGCAUAUGUUUAAGAUGAGUCUUUGACUAUUCAAUUGAGCACUGUCGAGAUGAGGUCACAGUGACCUCACAAUGAGGCUAUAGUGACCUCACAAUAAGCCUAGCCUCAAUGACACAUACAGUGAAAGUGUUUAUAUGAACUAUAACUCAUACAGAGUUUUACAGAUCUCAAUAUCUACAGCUAAGAUACUGGCAGAUCUCAACACUGACAAUUAAGAGAAGAACAAUUCUGUUUACCUUGGCUAAGUGAGUUAUAUGAUGGCAGCAAUGGGAUGGUUGCUGUCUAAUAGCAAUUGGACUCCAUUAGAUCUUAUUUCCUUUGGGGAAAUUGCCUGCAUAUAAUUUGUUUAUUAAAAAACAUUUCAAGGCUGCCUUUAUGAGUAAAACUUACUCAAGACUGCUUAUGUAAAAGUAACAGAUAAAAUACAGCCCCAAUGGUAAGAGAAUACGAUAGAAAACCUCUCCUAAAACUCGCAUUAAGAAAACCAACAGUAAGAGAAUAUCACUCUUGGAUAAAAAAAAAAAAAAAUCCCCAUGGCUACCAAUCCAAAAGACCUCAAUAGCAGGAUAGAGUCACUCAUGGAUAUGUCAGUGAAAAUAAGUAGGUCUUCAGUACUGUUCUGAAGAGUUGUAGUAGCACUACACUUCAGUUACAUGAUCCAAAUGAAGACAAUCCUUUAAACUCCUAUUGAAUUUAAUUGGUUUUAGACACUGAGCUGUUCCCUCUCAGUGUGGAUAUGUCUUGGUAUUACUGACUGUUACUAUGACGCUCGUCAGACUAAUUUAACUCCAUGGACAAUAGCCAUUGAUUUCACCGGAUCUAUUCUCCCCAUCCCCCAACUUUUAUAGGUUUUAUUUAUUUUUUCCAAGAAAAAUAAGACAAAAACAAAAACAAAACUCCAGGCUCCUAGGGGAGUCCAUUUAUUUUUAUUUAUUUUUAGUAUCAACUACAAACAGACCAUGGAUCUUUAUUAAAUUUUUCCAUUUUAACAAUUCAAUCAAAUCACAUUAAAUAUUCCAAAUUAUAAAAAUACAUAUCGUAUAGUCCAAAUAUUCCGCCAUAUUAUAAUUUUUUAUUGGGGCUUCCCAUGCUUCAAGUUCGGUGGGGCUCUGAUCAUCUUAUAUCUCUACUGCCUUGAGUUUCCAAUAGUUCCUUUAAUUCUUCCUGUUGUUACUUUUCCUUCGUUCAUGGCCUCUGAGUUGUUUCCACAGGCAAGUUGAAGUAAGCAAUGAUAUGCUUCUGUGUGAAAUUUGUCUGCUUGACUCUCCGCCUAUUGUUUGCUAUAUAUCCUCACAUGCUGGUGUUUAUGCCGAAUUAAUCCAAAAGUCCUUUGCAGCUGGCAGAUGCCAUCUUCUCUCAGUUCCGAAAAAAUCAAAUCAAAUCAAAUCUAGGCAUUUGCUCAUUAAUUUUCCCAGACCGGCUGCAUCGAACAUUAGCCUUUCCAGAGGAGAUUUGCCAAAUCAGACUUGAAGUGCAUAUAUAAUAACAAAUUAAGAGCUCACCUCCCCCUAUGACUAUUUAUCUCUGCAGCUCGGCCUUAUUCUAUAAUAGCGGAUCCCAAUUAAAGAAUGCGUCACAUCACCCUUCUCAGAAUCCGUCCAAAGAUUUUUGAAGUCUCUCCAGCGGCUAGCGAGAUCCUGCUUCUUUCUAAUAUCAAUAUUUUGAGAGUCUUUUAUCGUCUUCCAAGCGUUUCAAGAAACAGAAGCUUUAGUUAUAUAGUUUUGUUAUUUUCACACAGUUUAUAUUUUCCCAUCUCGCUUGCUAUAAGUAAUGUAAACGGUUCUUCGGGGGGGGGGGGGUUUCCAAACAGACCAUGGAUCAAUCAGUACCCCCUCCCUGCCUUCCUUGCAACAAUCUGAACAAAUGCCUUUUGGGGUGGGGGUGAGAAGGCAAAAGAUGCUUUGGCAGAUGGUACCAGCACAGGAAUGUGUGUGUAGAAUUCAUCCAUCUAAGAAAGUGGGGUGGAAGGUCGACAUGUGUCUAAAAAAUGGGAGAUUGGAACACUGUGCAUCUAAGAAAUCCAACAUUUGAACCUAAAGGCAAGUCACUGGAUCUAUUCUGAGCAGCGCUUGGUUGGCUAUCACCCUAAUUCUGUUGAAAUUUGUAAUAGGAAUAAAUUCCUGCGCUGCGACUUGUGGAUAUCCUUAUUCGUACAUCUUGCAAGUAUUAAUCAGACUAGCUAGAAUAGGGAUGGGGAACCCAACAACCCCCCUCCCCCCCAGUUUGUUGGACGCCAUGUUUCAUUGGCCUAGCCAACAUGGUCAGGAGUGAGGAAUUAUGGGAGCUCUAGUCCAAAGACCACCUGUUCCCCCACCUCAGUCUAGAAGACCCUGAUAAAAGUAUGUGCAUAUGCCUCUUUAAUAUUAGUAUUUGCAUUUUUGUUUUUGCUCGUAGGCCAUGUAGAAGGUUGCUGGAGCUCCAGCCCGUGAGGUGGGCCCUUCCUCUCUAAUCUUAGAUGUGUUGGGGUUGGUUGUACUCACUUUAUAGCUGCAGGGGGAGAACUUGGCACAUGCCCAGGAACAAGACAGACCUCUGGUACUGAAAAGGUGUUGUAGCACUGGGUCUGGGGAUAAAUUAAGCCAUGAAUGGUGUUUUUAUAAACAAAAAACAAAAAAAAACCCAAAGAAAAUGCUGAACUCAACUUGUAAUUUUGAAAGAGAGCAAAUUCUGCAUUACCAGAUGAUAUCACAGGAAACAUAUUUACUAGGCAGGUCUUUCCAGACCUGUGAGGACACCAGAUGAAAAACGUGAUUGGUUUGAGCAAGGGCAUAGGCACAUAUUUAGGAUUACAAUUUUUCAUUUUUUCAUUUUUAUUUCGAUGUAUCAGGCUUCCUUUCAUCAAGCAACUAUAGCAAGCAGUGCCACUAAUGGGAUUCCAGGAAACUGAAUGCAAGUUAAUGUAAAAUUACUCAGUUUGCUUGUUUACAACUGGAUUUAUUGUCAUGCCCACGGCUAAUUUUUGUUACAUUAAAUGAGAAAGAUACCAUGGCAUUGAUGGAAAUUCUAACGAUAGUCACUACCUCGGCUGGGAAGCCUCAAGUUGUUAGUAAGCCCAUCAGGAUUUAUAAACUGAAAUACAAUGUUUUCUUUUAAAAACGCAUGCACACAAUAGGCUAUAUGCCUCACUUUUACAAGUAGUGACUUUAAUUAAUGCAUUUAAAUAAUGCAUUUGGAAUAAUGUAUUGGAACUAUCUGUAUACUGAACAGCUGCCAUGAUGCAUUCCCUGAAGAAGUGGGAAAUUAAGUAUUGUGGGCACAUGUGUAUGUAGCUGAAAUGUCACACACACACACACAUACAUUGGCUUGAUAUAUUGAAAAAUGACUAAGAAUUUGCUGUUUUUUCAUGACACCUGAAUAGCCACCUCUGUCUGUCCGAUAGUAGGGCCAGGACUGUCACCUUACAGGCCCACUGCUGCAAAUAUAUGCACACACACACACACACACACACCACUGGUGGCACUGUGGUCUAAACCACUGAGCCUCCUGUGCUUGCCGAUCGGAAGGUCAGCAGUUCGAAUCCGUGCGACGGGGUGAGCUCCCGUUGCUCUGUCCCAGAUCCUGACAACCUAGCAGUUCAAAAGCAUACCAGCGCAAGUAGAUAAAUAGGUACUGCUGCGGCGGGAAGGUAAACGGCGUUUCCAUGAGCUCUGGUUUCCGUCACAGUGUUCCAUUGCACCAGAAGCGGUUUAGUCAUGCUGGCCACAUGACCUGGAAAGCGAGAAGAGCGCUGAAACCCCAUAGUCACUUUUGACUGGACUUAACCGUCCAGGGGUCUUUAAACAAUUUUUACACACACACACACACACACACACACACACACACACACAAUUUCAUAAUUUACUCCUUCCCUUUGUUCUGGUUUUCCCCCCCUCAAGUGGGUUUUUCCUGUCUUUUAUUCCAGUGAUGAGCUCUUUAGGACCUGGGAUCAUGCCUCUUUUAAAUUAAAUGUCUCUGGCCUCCCCUGAGCUGUUCGGAAAAGGCUUUCAAGAAGACUGCACCCACGGUAAGUGGCAUGCAAAGUGGAUCUGUCUCUUGGUGCCUUUUUAAGAUACAAAAAAACAAGACGCCAUUAGACAUCAAACUUCCCACUUAACAGAGAAGUCUCCUGACAACUCUGUUUCAGAUACCUGAUGAAUUAAAAGCUAUGUCUUUAAAAGCUGCACAAAUUCUUGGUAUCCUUGAGCGGUUCAGCAAGGUUGGUGCACCAGAGACUGAAAUAGAUGAUUACAGCCUUGAGGCCUUGCCACAAAUUGAAUAGAAAGUAUUGCAUUUUAUUGUAAUCUCUCUCUAGUCUUUCUUGGAUUUGAAGCCCGUUGACCUUUCUUCUGCACAUCUUUUUUAUUUUAUUUUUAAGAAUACUGAAAUAAUAUAAUUCACAAUUGCUGAGCUGAUAGAGUCUGGGCUGGCUUUGAUGGGCAUCAGGGUGAAGCUGCCUCCCUCGGGAGGGGGGCACUGUGAAUUAGGCAUAUAUGAAGGUAGAAGAGAGAGGUUUGGAAGAGUCUUACUCUUUUGUUGCAGAGUUAGCACAAUGACAAUCCCUCUGAGCACAUUUGCUUUGCAAAUCACUGAAGAUUUUACUCACAGUUUCAGAAGUUACCGCAAAUAAGUCUUCAUCCGUAGGCAGAAAAAUAAAGAGGGAAAGUGUUCCAAAAGAAAGAACUUGGUUUCCUUACAAAAGAAUCAUGCAAUCUUAAAAUGCAGGCAGCAAAAAUAUCUUUUAAGAGAGAUUUUUCAUUCAUGCAAUUUUCCUUGCAGCUGGCAGCUCCAGCUACUUUGAGGAAGGGCCGAGAGAGGGAGGGAAGGAGGAAGUAAAGGCUAGUCUAAGCCACCCAUGGCAACUUGAGCUCAGGGCUCAGGUUAACCCUUCCAUGCACACAAUUGUGAGUCAGUAACUGUAUGCUGCAACAGGAAUUUGUAUCUGAAUGCUACAGCAAACAUGUUGGACCUAGCAGGAUGUGUGUAGCUUUUGGCAUCAGCUUCAGGUGGAAAAAUGGUUGGGGCGGGCACUGGAAGGAGAAUGAGAAAUGCUGGAUUUUUCUUUUAAUGGCUAGCCCUAUUGAUGUGGUCAGAGAAUGGUGGCCAGAUAAUAGUUGUAUGGGGUGAACCAGUUCUAGGUGAGACCAGCAGGAAAAGGAAGCUAUGGAGUAUUUGACUAGUUUCCGUUUUGUAUAUAGCUUUGGAGCAGCACACUACUAAGUAAAGUUUAUUACUUUUAAUUCAGUCUCUGUGGACCAUUUGUAAUCUUGCAAAUACUACAUGGUGUGAAAAGACAAAAUGAAAAUAAGGCAGUGAAAAAUGGGCCAGCUGAAGCCUCUAAUAAAGCUGCUAUUUGAAGAAAAUGCUGCAGAGAACUGGAGAAUCUGGAAGCAAGGGUUUGAAUUUUGCAGCAUUGUAAGUAGAGCAGAUAGGGACGCAGGUGGCACUGUGGGUUAAACCACAGAGCCUAGGACUUGCUGGUCAGAAGGUCAGCAGUUCGAAUCCCCACAACGGGGUGAGCUCCCAUUGCUCGGUCCCUGCUCCUGCCAACCUAGCAGUUCGAAAGCAUGUCUAAGUGCAAGUAGAUAAAUAGGUACUGCUGUGGCGGGAAGGUAAACAGCGUUUCUGUGCGCUGUUCUGGUUCACCAGAAGUGGCUUGGUCAUGCUGGCCACAUGACCCAGAAGCUGUACCCCGGCUCCCUUGGCCAGUAAAUAAUAAUAAUAAUUUUUAUUUAUACCCCGCCCUCUCUAGCCAAGGCCGGGCUCAGGGCAGCUAACAAGCAAUAAUAAAAACAAGUUGAAUGAAUACAACUUAAAAACAAGAUUAAAAUACAACAUUAAAAUAUUGAAACAUUAAAUAAUUUAAAUGCAGCCUCAUCACAGGAGGAGAAAGGAAAAAGAAAGAGGGGGAGGGAAAAGUGAGUAAAAGCGAGAUGAGCGCCGCAACCCCAGAGUUGGUCAUGACUGGACCUAAUGGUCAGGGUUCCCUUUACCCUUUACCUUAAGUAGAGCAGAUAGGAAAAGAGAGACUCUAGUCAUUUCUGCAUGUGGCAGAUGAAGAAGCAAGAGAUGUAUGUAAUGAUUUCCAGUUUGGUGAUGAAGAAAAUAAGUAAAAAAAUCCAGUUUUUAUUAAUACACUUGAAGUAUGUUAGAAGAGUUACUUAUGAAAGGUACAAAUGCUUCAUCGGUAUUCAGAUCAGAUCAGCCAAGCAGUCAGUUCCCAAGACUAAUGUAUGAAUUCAUUAAACCAGGGCCUGUACUCACCUCUCACUGAACUGGCGAACCUGUGUCAGGGCAGUAUCACUACAGAAUGCAAAUACUACUCUCCAACAAAAAGAUUUCCUUGCACCUAGAAAGCUAGCAUGUUGGAGACAGAAUUGGGCUCAGUUCAAAAACUGCUGUUGUUAUCUUGUUCCCAAGCUGCCUCGGUUGACUCAAGGACUGCCUGCUCUUAUUGAGGGAUGUUGUGUUAGAAAAAAGAGUCAUUCUGGCUAAGCAAAGAGGAAAAAUUAGUGAAGUGUAAAAAGCUAAACAGCAUCUUAAAAAGCAGAGACAUCACCUUGCCAACAAAGGUCCGUAUAGUUAAAGCUAUGGUUUUCCCAGUAGUGAUGUAUGGAAGUGAGAGCUGGACCACAAAGAAGGCUAAUAGCCGAAGAAUUGAUGCUUUUGAAUUAUGGUGCUGGAGGAGACUCUUGAGAGUCCCAUGGACUGCAAGAAGAUCAAACCUAUCCAUUCUUAAGGAAAUCAGCCCUGAGCGUUCACUGGAAGGACAGAUCCUGAAGCUGAGACUCCAAUACUUUGGCCACGUCAUGAGAAGAGAAGACUCCCUGGAAAACACCCUGAUGUUGGGAAAGAAUGAGGGCACAAGGAGAAGGGGACGACAGAGGACGAGAUGUUUGGACAGUGUUCUCGAAGCUACCAGCAUGAGUUUGACCAAACUGCGGGAGGCAGUGGAAGACAGGAGUGCCUGGCGUGCUCUGGUCCAUGGGGUCACGAAGAGUCGGACAUGACUAAAUGACUAAACAACAACAACAAAAAGCUAAGUACCCCAGGCUAAUCCAUCUCUGAGCACCUUGUCUGAGACAGCAAUAGGGAACUCUUUUCACCACAGAGUAACAGAUGGAGUUUGUGGUUAGGGAGGUGGCAAAAGUCAAAGCUUCAAAGGUGAGGGUCAGCAGGAAAAAAAUAGUCCUGCUAACCACAAAUAGAAGACGGCAGGAUAUCAGAAAGGGCUUAGAGGCAACAGGAAGGGGAGGUGGAAACCCCUUCCCACAAAUGCCUAGUUUAGGUUGCUUAUCAAAGGUCAUGAUUAGCGUUGGCAACUGCGCAAAGGUGCUAUAAGCUGGGAGGAAACAAGGCAUCAAUGUGAAAUUAUAAAGGCUUAUGUGCAACCUGUAGGGAAGCAGGUGGCGCUGUGGGUUAAACCACAGAGCCUAGGACUUGCCGAUCAGAAGGUCGGCGGUUCGAAUCCCUGCAACGAGGUCAGCUCCCAUUGCUCAGUCUCUUCUCCUGCCAACCUAGCAGUUCAAAAGCACAUCAAAGUGCAAGUAGAUAAAGAGGUACCGCUCCGGCGGGAAGGUAAACGGUGUUUCUGUGCACUGCUCUGGUUCGCCAUAAGCGGCUUAGUCAUGCUGGCCACAUGACCCGGAAGCUGUACCCUGGCUCCCUUGGCCAAUAAAGCGAGAUGAGCGCUGCAACCCCAGAGUCGGUCACGACUGGACCUAAUGGUCAGGGGUCCCUUUACCUUUAUGUGUAACCUGUACAGGCAAUCCUCAUUUUGUGAGGGGGUUCCAUUCAUAUCGGCAAAGCGCAUGUAUGCCCAUUCUGCCCUGCCUCUGCCCUGCCCCUAUUCAUGAUGCCUUGCUAAUGUUUUGGGGCCACUGCUGAGUUUGGCUUCGUGCCUAAAUCGGUUGUUGCCUGUAAUGGGGUCUCUUGUCUGCACUACAAGGUGGACGAGGCACCAUUCUUGUACAAGAAAAAAAUCCUUUUUUGAUUUGCUACCUGUUGCCUGGUCAUUGGUUUUUUGCUAGACAUCGAAGCUCAAACUGGCAAACUUCCACAACACUUCUAAGGUUAGAACUGGGCCUUUUCCAUAGGCCUCUCCCCAGUUCCGUGCACCUUGCCAUCCCCCUCUCUUAAUUAUUUUUUUUUAAAUUAAGUUUUACAUAACAAUUCUAAAUUCAGACAGAUUGGAAUUUUUACAGUGGUACCUCGGGUUAAGUACUUAAUUCGUUCCGGAGGCCCGUUCUUAACCUGAAACUGUUCUUAAUCUGAAGCACCACUUUAGCUAAUGGGGCCUCCCGCUGCUGCUGCGCCGCUGGAGCACGAUUUCUGUUCUCAUCCUGAAGCAAAGUUCUUAACCUGAAGCACUAAUUCUGGGUUAGUGGAGUCUGUAACCUGAAGCGUCUGUAACCUGAAGCGUAUGUAACCCGAGGUACCACUGUAUUAUUAUUAUGAUUUUCUUUAUUUACAACAUAGUCCAUAACAAAUCAUACAUGCAAACAAAUCCACCACCAAUUUUAUUUUAUUUUAAAAUUCAGACAGAUUAUUCACCUCUUCAUUUAGGAUUCUCUGAAUCCCUUGAUUUCCCUCCACCCUUUCAUGGUUACCAUUAUCAAUCUUUUUCCCUAUCUGUUUAUCUUAUUUUCUCUAAUUUGUUAAAAGAAUAAUAUUUCAUUUUUCCAUAGUUUUUCGUACAUUACAAACAUUACUCAAAGUUUUUAGUUCAUUACAGCGUUCUCUUAAGUACAUGGUAAUUUUUUCCCAUUCCUUCUUAAAAUCCUUCUCUUCCUGGUUUCUGAUUUUCCCAGUCAGUUUUGCCAUUUUGGCAUGGCCCAUCAUUUUCACCAGCCAUUCCUCUCUGGUUGGAACUUAGUCUUUUUUCCAUCUCUGAGCCAGUGGUAUCCCCACUGCUGUCAUUGCGUACAUGAAUAGUCGUUUCUGCUCCCUCUGAAUCUCUGUACCUAAAAUGCCUAACAAAAAAAACCUCUGUUUCGCCCCAAAGGUUAUUCUAAACAUUUUUUUCAACUUAUUGUAAAUCAUUUCCCAGCAUGCUUUAGUUAUCUUGCAUGUCCACCACAUAUGGUAGAAUGUGCCUUCUUUCUCCUUACAUUUCCUGCAAACAUUGGAAGCAGUUCUAUACAUUUUUGCUAGUUUUACAGGUGUUCAAUACCACUGACAUAUCAUUUUCAUAUACCGUAUUUUUUGCACCAUAACACUCACUUUUUUCCUCCUAGAAAGUAAGGGGAAAUGUCUGUGUGUGUUAUGGAGGGAAUGCCUACGGGUGGCAUGCCUACGGAUUUUCCUCCUCUAAAAACUACGUGCGUGUUAUGGUCGGGUGUGUGUUAUAGAGCGAAAAAUACGGUAGUUUUCCUUCAAUGUACAGCACGCUGUAAAUUUUAAGUCCAUAAUUUCCCCCAAGAUGAAAAUUGAAUAUUGUGCCCAAUGUCUUGUAUCCAGUUUAUCAUUACUGAUUUAACUUCUUCGUCCUUAAUAUGCCACUCUAGAAACAAUUUAUACAUUUUAGAAAGUAACUUCACAUUAUUUUCCAAUAAUCCCUUUUCAAAUCAUGAAAUUUCUAUGCUAAAUCCAUUUUUUCUUAUCUAUUUUAAACAAACCAUUUACCUUGCACCUCUCUUUAUGUGUUCUAGCAACCAGGAGUUUUAUCCAGGCCUUUAAAAUUCCGAAUAUUAUGGUUUUAUUUUGAAGCUGCUUUAAAGUAGAUUCGGUUUUAUGCUCCUACUAAAAAGCUUUUGCAUGUUCUCAUUUUAUUAUUAAUUUUUAAAAUGUUUAUUUUUUAUUGUUAAAAUUAUAAAAGCCAUCUUGAAAUAAUGUUAUGGAUAAGGUGGGAUACAAAUAUGUUAAAUAUCACUAAAGUACUUUGGAUCCUUUUCUAAUUAUUGUUUUGUUUUAUUUUAAAAUGAAGGGUGUUGUAGGAUGUAUGGGGUUGUGGAACUUGGCUGUGCUUUGAUCCAAAAUCUGGGCACCAGUUGGUACCUAUUAAAUAAUGGAUAUUAUUCCACUCAUUACACUUUAUUCAUAGAGAAACAAUCCAAACCAUUUCACAGGAAAGAAUUUUUAGGCUAGUCAUACUGCCAGCUAUGAACAACAGUCCAAUUUACUCAGCUCCUUCUUUACUGCUUAUAAGAAACAGUAGAAAUGUUCAUUGUGCGUAUUCAAAUUAGUUUUUAGCUUUGCCAAAUCCAAAUUAUAAUGUAAAUGAUUGACCUAUUCAAAUAUUCAUAGUUGUCUAUUUGCACAUCAUUAUCAUUAGUUGCUGUCUUCCCUGAUUAAAUCUUAGCCUGAGCUUUGUACGUGAAUAUGAAUCCGUUUCAUGUGUAUUGUAUCAGUUUCUUUCACUCCAGAUGAUGUCUUCGUUAGACUGGAUGCAAAGCUGUGUCCUUAUUCAAAAUGGUAGCCUCUCUCGUGACUGUGGUUUCGUUGCAUCUGCAAAAUUCAAAGUAGGAGAAGGAUUUGAAUUAGGAACUACGAAUCAGGAAUAAGCCACAAGCUUAUGGUGAACAAGCGCUAUGCUGCUUUUUUUUUUUUUUUUGGCGACUGACUUGCAGGGGUUAAAUAAAACAGCUUCUCUAAGGUAGUAUUGUAUAUGGGUAGGCUGGGGGCCAUAACUCUGUUGGCAGAUAAUUGGAUACAACUCUGUGUCUAAGAUGGUGACUAAAAUACAAUCGGGUGAUAUAGUAUCACUAUAAUCUAAUUAAUUCAAUUGCACCCAAUUGCACUGCAUAAUUCUAUAUAUAUAGAUAAAGGUAGGAAUUGCUGAAGAGAGAGGUUUGGAAGAGUCUCUUUUGUAGCAGAGUUGGCACAAUGGCAAUCACUCUGAAUGCAUUAAAACUUGGUUAGAUUUAAAUAUUCCCUCAUCCACCUUUAUACAAACGUUCCCAACAAAAAUACCUAGGCUAGAAUAAAUCAAAGUCACUUUGCUUUGCAAAUCAGUGAAGAUUUUACUCACAGUUAACAUGCACAAUAUGACUUUUUUCACUGCCAUUUAUUUAGCAUAUUUGUUACCCAUAGUCUUGGAACAGAGAACCUCAGUCCCAAGGACCUAAUGUAGUUUCUCUGUCUCGCUCCUCAGACUCUUCCCCAACCCGAAUCCCACACUGACCUUGCUCUGCACCUUCCUCGAUGGCUCUUGCGUGGCUGUGAUGUGUUUUUGUACUGUGAUCAUGUCUCUUGCUUGCUUGGAUGUUAUUUGUUGGUAUCUGUCUGUCUUGAGAGACAAUGGAGUGCGCAUCCAGGGCUGAAGUCAAACUAGCAGCACUGAAGUGACCUGGAUGGAGAGAGCUGCAUUCAUGUGGGGAGUGGAGUGCAGUGAGCGAAGCUAGGAUGCAGCCUACUGUACAAGGGUGAGAGUCCCAUCUACAGCAUCGCACAUGUCACACCUAACCGCUCUAGAGAUCGGCAAAUCUCACAAUUGGGUUUCCCUCUGUUUCAAUUUAUUUUAAUAUUUAUGUUCUCUACUGUUUCUGAUGGUCUUCCUGACAGUCUGCAUUUCAGUGCAAAUUUCUCUUAACAUACACCAUUGUUUAUGCAAUUCCCCCAAUAUAGACAUUCUGCAAUGCAAUUUGCCCUAAUGCAAUGCAUUUCUUUAUGGUACUUUCACUAAUAUCUACAUUUAUUAAUAAUUUGAUUUACAUCCUAUGCCCUUUUAAAAUGUGUGUGUGUGUGUGUGUGUGUGUGUGUGUGUUUGGGAGGCUAUUCGGUUGUUUUUUUUAUUUUUAUUAGAUAUUUUUUGGGUUUAUAUCUUGAUUUUUAUUCUGUGAACCGCCCUGUGACCCCUGUGUUUAGGGCAGUAUAUAAAUAAUAAUAAUAAUAAUAAUAAUAAUAAUAAUAAUAAUAAUAAUUUGUGCACACACUCUAUCUAACUCUAUGCAUAUUUGUACACUUUCUUGGCUGCAGAAAUGCAUUGCAAAAUUCAGAGCAGUGUCUGAUGAUAGAUUGGGCAAGAGAUGUUGGACAUAACAUAAUGUCUGAAGACUGGGAAAGGUUGUGGAGGAAAGGGGUCAAGUUCACUGCAUGUAUGGUGUUAAAGGAAAAUGUUAUGAAAAUGAUGUAUAGAUAGUACUUAACCCCUGUAAAACUAGCAAAGAUCUACCACAAGAGUGCUAACCUAUGUUGGAAAUGUAAAGAAAAAGAAGGUACCUUUUACCAUAUGUGGUGGACGUGUCCCAAGAUGAAAGACUUCUGGGAAAAGAUUUAUAAUGAAUUGGAAAAAAAAUGUUGAAAUAUACAUUUUCUAAGAAACCAGAAGCCUUUCUACUUGGAAUAAUAGGUUUGGAAUUGCCCAAGAAAGAUGUUAGAUUGUUUCUGUAUGCCACAACUGCAGCUAGAAUUUUGUUGGCCCAAAAUUGGAAACUAUAUGUGAUGUUGUAGAAUACUAUGUUAAAAUUUAAAAUGAAAAGAAAGAAAGAUGCAAAGUAAAUUUUAUAUGAAAAUAGUUUUGGAAAACUGCUACAAUGAUUUAUAUGGAAACUCAGCUAGGGGGAUUCAAAGGAGUCACUCAAUAAUGUUAACAAAAGUGGAACUAUUAUAGUAAGGAUAAAUGUCUGUCUGUCUGUUUGUUUGUUUUUGAUGUUUUUUGUUUGUUAUAAAUUUGGAAAACCAAUAAUUUUUUUUUUGGGGGGGGGAGAUAAUAAUUCAGAGCAGUGUGAAUUUUGAAGGGAAACCAUUUUUUGUUUUGUUCUGGAAAGUGUGGAGCAAGUACCUGACAGAUUAGCGCUUAAGAGUCAAACCAUCUUAAAGAUACAGUAGCAUAUAUCAGCAUGGGAUGGGUGCACAGAGGGGCUGCAGAACAGGAGAGAGAAGGAGGCAUGGAAAUGUGGGUGGUGGUCUGUGUGCAAGGGCCAGUUUAAAAAAGGUGGAAGGGGGAGGCAGGGUGAAGGUGACAAUGGUGUUUGUGAACAUAGGGGGCUGCACAAUAGGAAAGAGGGCAAGGCAUGUAAAAUGGGGUGAUCUGUGUGCAAGGGAGAGUUGAGAAAAGUAAGGAGGUAGAUGGAACAGAAAAGGCGUGCAAAGGAAUAUAUGCUGCCACUGCUGUUUGGAUGUUAUUAGCCCAGAAAUGGAAAGAAGGCAAAGUCCCUACUAGAGAAGAGUAGCUGAUUAAGUUGAUGGACUGUGUCGAAUUGGAAAAAAUGACCGGAAGAAUCAGAAACCAAGAAGACAAAAUUUUUAAUAAGGAAUGGGGGAAAUAUAUAAUUUACCUUUAAAAUCAUUGUAAACAUUUAUUAGUAGGAAUAACGCUUGUAUCCUAAUGUUGAAUUAGGGGUAUAAUGGAGAUUUAAAAGAUUUGAAUUUAUUUAUUUUUACAAUAAUUUUUAUUCAUCUUCAAUUACAAUAAUCCAAUGGUAGCCUCAUUAUAACAAUGCCAAAUUACAAUACAAUUACUAAUCUCAGUCAUUCAGAUGCCAAAUGAUAUAGUUUAGGUGGUCUCCCGUGUGUUAGAAUUGAUGGUUUGAUGCUUUACUUUGUUUCUGCGUUCCAAUAUCUUAUCCCUCUCAAUUGCAUUCCAUUCUAAAUAACCAUCCCUUAUAUAAAAAUUGCAAUAUUAACGACAUCCAUUGAUCUUGACACAUUAAAUGAUUGAUAAACCCAUAGGUGAAGCAUUCAAAUUAUAUCCUUAUUCCUUCUCUGUGUGACAACUAUUCUGUCCGUGGUGUUCCUUUCUGUCCUUGUAAAAUAUUAUAUCUAUCCUUUCCCAACUGAUGCUUCCAUCAUGCCUUGGGCAGAGCUAAUAUCCCAUUGUUGUUUCAAAAGUUCUCCAUUGCACUGUCAUGUGGUUCAUUAUUUUAAGAUUUUGAUUAAUAGAGAAGAUGCAGGAGGAAAACGUCAAUAUAAGGACCCACAAAGCACAACCAAACUUUUGUGUUUGAUCCCUGUUUGGAAGAAUGGCAGAUGAAGGUGAUUGACUACAUGGAAUUGGCAGAAAUGACUGGCAGAAUCCGAGACCAGGGAGAAGAGUCGGUGAAAGAAGACUGGAAGAAAUUUAAAGACUAUUUACAGAAAUAUUGUAAAAUUAAGGAAUCUUAGAAGGAUGUUGGAUAGAAACUAAGUGGUUUCCAGCUGUAAUGCUUUAAGAGACACGAAAAACGGUUUACAAAUGGGUAAAAGCUUAAUGGUAAGGAUUUGCUGAACUAACAAACUGAACUGGAAUACAAAAAAGGGAGGUACGAGGAGGUCCGGGGAAAUAAGUGUAAGGAAGAUAUGCUAUGGAAAACUAACGUGUUUUUAACUGUUUUUAUUUUGUAUGUUUCUCUUUAUUUUUCAUUUUUUUUUUGUUAUAUCUUAAAAACUGUAUUCUUUUUUCUGUAUUUUGUAUUUUCUUGUAUUUUUAUUUUUUGUUUUUGUAUUCUUUGAAACUUUAAUAAAUAUCAUUUAAAAAAAAAUGAUCCCUGUUUGUGUAAAUAUUUAUUUAAGCAUUCCCAUUAUUUCUGUACCAUAGUUUUAGAUUUAUGCCUUAUUGGCAAGAAUGGCAAGCAAAAUUUAUGGAGUAGGCUGAAAUGGCAAAACGUACCGGGAAACUCAGAGACAAGGACAAUAGAGACUUUAAAAAAGACUGGGAACCAUUUAUGAUGUAUUUACAGAAAUAUUGUAAAGAAGUGGACUCACUAGCAGGGUUUGAGUAAACACAAUUAAGAAAACAAGGGUCAAAGUCAAGGAGCAAUAACUGGGAGAAUAACAAAGUGUAAGAUGUAAUUUGAAAAGAUAGAGUAUAAAAAUGAUAUGAAUAUAAGAAUAUUUAGUUCAAAGGUUUCAAAAUUAAAGUAAAAUGAAAUAAGCAGGAGAAGCAAAUGUUUAAAGAACCAGAAGAGGAGGUUGAGGGAAGUCAGAGGAGGGAGAUUUAGAUUUGCAUAUUUUUCUUGUGUGGCGAUGAUGAUUGUGUUGAAUGUAAAAUUGUAAAAUUUAAUAAAAUCUAUUAAAAAAAGGAAAAAAAAUGGUUAAUUUGGGGUGAAUGGCAAGGGGGGUUGUGAGUGGAGCAAGCAGAUGUGCAGCCCCUAGUCAACAUAUGCUUUUCACUGAGUUUAUGUGAUGCUUAUUUAUCCGGGUUUCAGAAAAGAGCCACAGAACUGGAAAUCAACUUUGCUUCUGCUAAAAGGCUGCGCUGCAAUUCAGCCAUAUCUGCCGCAAAUCUCUGGCUGCAGCAUAAUCCGUAUCUUUGCCUGUUGAUCCUUCAGAAUAAGAUAAUAAGAAUGGGAAGCCACUGAGACAGAUCAGAGACUGUAUGAUUAAUAGGAAACAAAACCUAGGAGCUUCUUUCAUUUACAGUCCUGGAAACACAUCCUUGUUUUAAACAAGCAAGCCCACGGUCUAAUUGGAUUGAUGACUUCUGGCAUUUGCAUAUAUGUGUGUACAUGCUGCAGGAGCUGUCGUAGUUUUGCUAAUUGCAGACAGAAAAAGGAGAGCCCUAAGUUAGGAAGAGGAGGGAAGACCAAUUAGUCCUCCAAAAUUAUUGGCUUCAAAGGAAUUAAGAGAAGAAAGCCAUUCCAAAGCAAUCUAAUAGGCUUGCCUAGUUUUUGCUUUGGCUCUUAUAUUCCAAGUUACUCCUACACAUUAAAGUAUUUAUCACGGCACUAGAAUGCUGCAUUAGGAAGGAUGAAGAACAUCAUAACACGAAAUCCCUUGCUCAGAGCUAAAUUAAGUUUAAAAACGGGAAUGAGGAGCUGGCUUUCCUUCAUCAAACCUGAAGGCAAAGAUCUCUUCAGCAACAGAAUCUAAAGCUGUAAGUUUAGUCCUGAGAAACAAGGUAUCUGAAACAUGAUCCAAUGUUAUAUAAGAUCAUAUUGUACUAACUACACCAUAUUAGCAGAACUUGAGUGAUACUUGUAAACACAACAAAUACCGUUUGUGGAGUAGACGGGAACAAUAUUAAAGAAUAUAAAACCGUGCGAAAAAAACAGUGACAGUAUAAACAGUACAAUGAGAAUGAUUGGAAGACUUGUUUUGUCAGAAGUCUUUUUUAUUUAAGUGUUUAAGUAUUAAUUAGGAAGAUUAAUGUUUUUUUAUGCACGUAAAUCUGCUUUUUCUUCUUUCUUCUUUCUGUAUUUUCUUCCUUUCUUUUUUCUUAAUUGUUUUUUCUUUAAUUUUCUUUUUGUAGUAUGAGAUUGUAAAUUCUUUGUAUAUGUGUGUAAUUUAAAUUAAUAAGGAUUAUUUAAAAGAAAGAAAGAAAGAAAGAAAGAUGAUCCAAUGAGGUAGAGAGGAUGAAUUCAUUUUCAGAUUUUCCUGUUCUUGCUGGGGUUAUACUCCUUCUGAAGGAGCAGGUACGUAGCUUGCGGGUUCUUCUGGGUCCAUUGCCAUCACCUGAAGUUCAGGGGCCACAACGGUGCAGAGUGUUCAUUUAGACUUACUUUUUGUGCCACGUUUCUAAGCACAGGUCUGGGCUUCUAAGCUCCAUGUCUGAGCAGCUCUUUUUCCCCAUCCUGGCGCUUUCCCUGGGAAAACUCGCAAACGGCAACCAGAGCUUCAAAAUGUGGGUGCGCACCUGGAAAGUGCAGAACAAAAGGUAGUCUAGAUGAGCCCUGAAGUAAGGGACCAGCGUAGGAAACUCAGAAAAUAUGGGACCCAGCAGUCCUUCCCAAAGAGUAGAAAGUACCAAAACUAUGACUACGUUUUGCCAACACAGCUACAAAUUAACAAAAUUAACACUUAAAUUUCAUUGCUAAGCCAUCUUUAAAAUACUGUGCAAUUCAAUAAAACAACUAACGUAAUUUCUAUUUACUUAUUCUAUCACCUCUUUAGUUCCUGCUCAGCCACUUGAUUCUGUUGAUUGUUUACAAUGAUCAUUAGCCUGUAUCUAUAAAUGUGCAGCACUUUGAACAUCUCUUAGGAAGCAGGGACUCCUUAUUCUUUGCCAUUAUACAUUUUUAAAAGUGCUAUAUAAAUGCUAAGAACUAUUGGUUGAAUGAACUGAGGCCUUGAGUUUAACUUGCCUGCUUGGCAUUCUCUUUAUAACAUCAUGAUAAGCAGUAGAUAAGGAGAGAGAUCUUUACAAUCUGUCUGGAUUUGGUUGAUGUAAAAAAUAUCUUUGUCAGGCUCUGCUCUUCAAUGACCCUGCAUAGUAUUGCAAAUCAGAGCUGUGGAACAUGAAUAGAUUUGUUGGAAUGAGUUUCUUUAACAAAGGCACAUGGUUACAUAAAUGGCAAAAUAAGCCCUGCAGGAACGCAUAACGAAUCUUUAGUUUUCUUUCCUGUGGAUGCUUGCUAACGUUCUUGGAAGCAGCCACAGAUGCAAAAGCAUUUGGAAGAGAGAAAAUGAAAGGACGAGAAGGAGCUUUCAUAAAGGAAAUGUUUGAGAUGGUUGCUUAAAAUUUCCAGGGGAGAGCGAGACUUUGUAGGCAUCAUAUUCAGGUUGGUUCAUGCAUGCUGGGAAUUGGGCAGGGGUGAGGAAUCUGUACCCCUGUGGGUUUUGUUGGGCUCUACCUUCCAUCAGGUCUGCAAUAAUUCAUGCUGUUGUCUUUUAAUAAUAAUAAUAAUAAUAAUAAUAAUAAUAAUAAUAAUAAUAAUAAUAAUAAUUUAUUUAUUUGUUUGUUUGUUUGUUUAUUAUGCCCCACUCAUCUGUCUGGGUUUCCCCAGCCACUCUGGGCGGCUUCCAACACAAUAUUAAAAUACAGUAAUGCAUCAAACAUUAAAAGCUUCCCUAAACAGGGCUGCCUUCAGAUGUCGUCUAAAAGUCUGGUGGUUGUUGUUCUCUUUGACAUCUGGUGGGAGGGCGUUCCACAGGGCAGGUGCCACUACCGAGAAGGCCCUCUGCCUGGUUCCCUGUAACCUCGCUUCUCGCAGGGAGGGAACUGCCAGAAGGCCCUCAGCACUGGACCUCAGUGUCCGGGCUGAAUGAUGGGGGUGGAGAUGCUCCUUCAGAUAUACUGGACCGAGGCCAUUUAGGGCUUUAAAGAUCAGCACCAACACUUUGAAUUGUGCUCUGAAAUGUACUGGGAGCCAAUGUAGAUUUUUCAAGACCGGUGUUAUGUGGUUUCGGCAGCCACUCCCAGUCACCAGUCUAGCUGCCGCAUUCUGGAUUAAUUGCAGUUUCCAGGUUACCUUCAAAGGUAGCCCCACAUAGAGCGCAUUGCAGUAGUCCAAGUGGGUGAUAACCAGAGCAUGCACCACUCUGGCAAGACAGUCCAUGGGCAGAUAGGGUCUUUGCUCCAGCUGGCUGCUAGAAAACUUAAAACAGCAAAUCAGUUCCUCCCUUUCUGUAUUUUACACUUGAAAACUUUGUUAUCUGAAUCCUGAAAGUCACACCAUUGUUCACUUUGAAAGCUUUUUUUAUAAUUUCUGUUACUUUGACCCAUCCUCAUUGUGAGAUACACAUAACUAUAAUUGAAGCAAGACCACCUCCAUCUUUGUUAUAACUGAAGCAAGAUUAAUGUCAUCUUCUAUGGAAUGUUGGGAUUAAGUUCACUGCAUGUAGGGCUUUGAAAGAAAAUAUAACGAAAAUGAUGUACAGAUGGUACUUAACCCCAACUAAAUGAGCUAAAAUGUAUAGAAUGAAAAAUAGAAAAUGUUGGAAAUGUAAUAAAAAAGAAGGAGAUUUUUACUAUAUGUGGUGGACCUGUGAUAAAGUUAAAGCAUUUUGGGAGAAUAUAUAUCAUGAGUUAAAGAAAAUGUUACAAUAUACUUUCCCUAAGAAACCCGAAGCAUUCAUGUUGGGAAUGGUAGGAGAUGAAAUACCUAGAUCUGAUCAGAAACUAUUUAUGUAUGCCAUUACGACAGAAGGACGUUAAUUGCCCCAAAAUGGAAACAACAAGAAAUACCGACAAUACAACAUUGGCAGACGAAGAUGAUGGACUCUGUGGAACUGGCAAAGCUGAUGGGGAAAAUCCGACACCAGAGUGUGACCAAGUGUUCCAGAGAGAUUGGA